GGGUUCUUUUUCUUUCUAUUCCAGAGAGAAAGAGAGCUGCAAAGCAAAGCUGAAGCAAAGGGCUGAGGCAAAGGGUUGUUGUUCCGCUCGAUAAUUUUUCUUCUUCUUCUAGUUCAACUUCUAUCCCUUCUUCCUUAGCGUUGUUGACGAGACCAGGCUGUGGACACACGUUUCGGAACAUGGGUCCUUCUGUUUAGACUAUCACAUUGGCAACGCGCACCAUUCUUUUCGGGUUCAAUUUUGGUAGUUUAGAAGUGUGUCACCGCACGCGCGGAGUAGCGAAUACGCGAUAGCACAGACAGAGAGACAGAGACAGAGCCAGGGAGAGUAGUGGGAAUUUAUUCUUUGUUGUUGGUGAGAGGAGCGGUCGAAAGAAAGGAAGACAGCGAGCAGAGUAGAGUAGAGCAGGUGACGUCGAGGAUUGCGUUCUUGAGGGGCAUGCGCAGAAGGCGGUGUUGAGAUUCGGCGUUGGGUUGGGAUUCUUUUGGUGGCAAUCAGAUGCCCACCUCGUCUUGGUGCCCUUGCACGGGUCAAGCCGAGGAUUUCUCAGUACCUUUGUCCACCAGAGGUCAUAGAUCUAGUCUGCUGCAGAGUCGAUAUACUCGUUUGUACGGUUUCUGUCCGGGGUAUUCUUGAAAUGGGGCAUCAGGACAUCCGUGUACAGGUUUUGAUUUAGUUUAGUUUUUUGUAGCGUGGGUUUGUUUGGAAGAGGAAACGUAAAGAAAAAGCAGCCGAGCGGGAGGGUCAUCUUGGAAGUUAAGAGUGGUUUUACGCCGGUAUGAGAGUCAAGCAGGCUGGGGUACCAACAUCGUCGAGGAAUCGACGACCCCUUCAGCAUAGUUUGUGCAUGGAAGAUUCGUUCAGGGCCGGUAGAGGGAAUGACUGUUGUCGAGAUGCCGGUUUGGCUGGAAGCAGGAUGCGGGAAUCAUCAAGCGGCAGCUAUUCGCUAGUCCGUCAUAAUAGCGCAGUGUUCGACCAUGAUUUUGAAUCCAACCGGAGCAGUUUGGUCCACACAGUUAGCGAGGUGCGAGAAGAGAUGCAGUUAGGGUUGCCACACGGCUCCAAGGACCACAUGAAAUCGGACGGAUGUGGCAGUGAUGGCAAAUCGGGGCAAAACAACAGCAAGGGUGGAUUAGUCAGGCAAGUUUCGCGAGAGUCGCACGAGUUCUCGCAGGAGACGUAUUCAUCAUCUUCUACUCCCGGGAAGAACGGUCACAUAAAUAGCUUUGUAUUGAAGAACUAUUUGUUGCAUGAUAGGCGCACUUUGAGCCUCCCUGUGGGCAAGGAAUACUCUAUUAGCCAGUACGUGGGUCAGUCGACUGAGGUUCAGACACACGUGGAUAGUGACAACAACUCUAAAAAUGUAACAUAUUCUGAGCGACAUACGAGCGUAAGCAGUUCAUCAUCCUGCGAUGAUGGUGAUGGGUGUUGUGUGCAUGACUUCGACAUUGAAGCUGAGAGGCACUCCAAGUCCACUUUAUUUUUCGAGGCUGGGUUCACACUUCUCACCGUCAUGGGGGCUAUGUUUACUUUGUAUCUUUGUAUACGGUUCUUGACGUCGGCAACGAGUAAUCACCCUAAAGAUGAGCCCAGGUUGUUCCGCAACAACUCUGGUGUUCUUCAUGAUAGCAGCAAGGAUGUUGGCUCUCAUUGUAGACUCUUUGUGAAGGCAUGUCCGUUGCUAGGGCUGUUAACUGCGGGCUUCGUACUACUCCUCGGGACGUGGGCAUCGGGCGGUCGGUUUUGGCGAGUAUCACCGAUGCAAACGUCGAGCUCUUGUCAUUGUGAAGAGUACGAUGAGAAUCGACGGCAUGUCGAGGAGGCCGAUGAGAGGGUUCGACAAGCUGAUAGGUCCAAGCAGCAGUUUAUGGCCUACGUCUUUCAUAACAUUAGAGUGCCUUUCAACGCCAUUGUCCUGGGACUCGGUCACAUGCGAGCUCUCGGAGACGGAGGUGGCCUGUUAGGAAGCGCAGCAGACAAGAUGGACUUGGUUCAGAUGAUGCUAGACUGUGCGGAGACGAUGACAAGCGUGCUCGACGAUGUCACUGAUAUGGGUCAAUGGGAAGGCGGUGAAAUGGAACUUCACAAGGAAGAGUUUGACAUUCUUGCCGUGAUCAAGUUCUUAUCCUGGGGCCUUAAGGAUCUGCUGGAGCAGAAGGACAUUGUAUUUAACAUGAACAUCGACAGUGUGGCAAGCGAACUGCUUACAUCGCAUCGAGUGGUUGGAGAUAAGCAGCGAGUAGUGCAGACUUUAGGAAAUUUUUUAAGCAACGCUGUCAAGUUUACGCCGUCUGGAGGCAGAUUGGAUUUGGACCUACAGUGUGAGGAGGUUGUGGGGAACACAAGUUUUGAAGAUCACAUCGCACAUCCUAAUCCGUCUCCUCAAACAAGUGAGGGGCCUUUACUAGGAGCUGCUGGCAUCCAAAUAUUGUCAAAAACUUCAUCACAAAUUAAAACUGGCGAGGGGAAAGUGGCGAAGUUGCGGCUCUCUGUGAAAGACAACGGAAUCGGAAUUUCCGCUCAAGAUCAGGCAAAGCUGUUCGAACCAUAUUCGUUUGUUACUUCAGGAUGGGUUCUGAAGGCCGGUGUUUCUGGAUUGGGUCUUAGCAUGGCAAAAAGGUUUGUUGAGCGAGCUGGCGGCAAUAUCGGAGUAGAAUCUGAAGAAGGCAGUGGCAGUACCUUUUUCUUCUCCCUUCCUUUUCCGCUUGUGGCAGUGGAUGUGAGUAACGAGCGAGAGCAAGUGAAGUCGGAUGGAGGAGCACCCGUGCUUCAGAAGUCAGAGGUCACUCAAUCAAUGGACAGUUCAGGCGUGACAGUUGUGCACGAAUCAAUCACAUUAUCAAGAAGACGAUCGAAUUUGAAAGAAGAUUUGAAACCGGCUGUGAAAACGAAAAUGACCAAUAAAGUACCUAAUGAAAAUGUGAAUAGUGAUAUAUCUGAUAGCUGCGCAAAGAAAUCUAAGCACGAUGGGUUAGACGGACGUCAAAGAAAAAUAUUACUUGUUGAAGAUACACGAAUUAAUAGAAUAAUUCUACGAAAGGUGUUACAAAAUCUGAAUCUGCUGUGUGAUGAAGCCGAGAAUGGUCAAAUAGCAAUAGAUUUUCACAAACAAGGAAGGACAUAUGACCUUGUCCUCAUGGAUAAAGAGAUGCCAGUGAUGGAUGGCCAUGAGGCUACAAGACAGUUGCGAAAUAUGGGAGUGAAAACUCCAAUUGUUGCAUUGACUGGAAACGCGUUGACAACGGAUAGAGAAAUGUUUUUCGAAGCCGGUGUCGAUGAUUUUCAAACUAAGCCUCUAUCAAGAGACAAACUUGUACAGCUGUUGGCACGGUAUGGAGUGGAAAAUUCGUCUUCGAAGUCUUCAUAUUCAUCAAAAAUGGUGUGAUUGCAAACCAUCCCAGAUUUCGGGGACCGGGGUUGCUCAGCUUUUGCUUUUUUGCCCCAUGUAACAUAUGUUUGGGAAUGAUUCCUUCAUUAAGGUUCUUAGUGGAGUAGGAAGAGGAUCUUUUUUGGGAGUAAUUGCUCCUGACGCUGAUGGAAUUAGGAGAUGCAUACGACUGCCUGUCCAUUCCUUUGGUUUUUUUUUACUCCGGCAAAGUCAUUGCAGUUUUGGACUCUCGAAUUCUUGCUAAUCAAUGCUGGAUUGUUUAGACCACGUUAGAAUUUCAUAGUUGGCACUGGACUUGUGGGGUUGUGUCUUAAUUCUUAUAAAAGGUCUGACUCUUAUUUCUA